AUGAAACUACGCAUUUUCUUUUCUUUUUUUCGCCUAGAUGGAUCGUUUUUCACUUUAUUUCAGGACAAAGAAUGCUAUAUCAUUCAUUCUGUAUAUGUGAGACUUCUGAGACGGCUGAAGUAUUGCUUCAAGCCGAUCGCGGAUCUUGCUCUCACUCUCAUAUCUGAGAAGGGCAUUCCACUCUCGCGAGAGGCUCUUCUGGUCAAAAUGUUGAACGAUAUAUAUGACGACCUCACAAAUGACCAUAAGGAUGACACAAAUCAAAAGAUCGAACGGUAUCUCGGUGAUGACGUUCUCUCUCCUGUGCGACGUACAGUAGUCGAUUCCUGCCAUGGUGAAGAUGUCAAUAAGCUGGCUUCUAAGCUUCACGAAUAUCGGCUUAGGCUUAGUAUUAGAGUCGGCCUACCGAGUCUUUUUCGGAAGAGUGCUAACGACGUGGUGAAGGAAUGUGUUAGCUGGCUGGAGUGCGCUUCUGCGUACCCUGUUGCUGAGUGUUAUUUGGAUAUAGCCGACGUCGUCAUUGAACAAGUCUCAUGUCCCGAAACUCUGCUUGCCUUGUUGGAAGCUGCUUUCAGCGUAAUGAAUGAGGAGCGGAAAUCUCAGCACUUUUUGCCAGCUUUGCGCCGCACAUUGAGCCUAUGUCUCAAAAACUUCGCAGUAGCUCAGUCUGAUGUCACGCAACUUCUUCUGAGCAGAUGCACAGAACUCUUGGAAUUAGCCCAACUAAACACACCAGUGGCUCUUCUUCUGUCGCAGUGCCUUUUGGAUAGUUGCAGGGCGAACUCUCAAGGCGAAGCAUGGGCCAGCAUUGUUUUCGAUCUUGCUGUUUUUGGGCCAAUACCAAAAAAGGAGCAUAAGGUGCUUAAUGCUGCCUACGACAUGAUUUAUGAGGAGCGUGUUAACAAUUUUGAUGAUGUACACAGGCCGUUCGAAGUUCUCCAGCGCACGCGACUGAAUGGCAUCUGUCUCGCUCUUCGUCUUGCUAGAAUAGCUCUAUGUUCGCGAAACAUCUUGCUGAGCACAUUGUUGCUGAGACCAACUCUAUGA